UAAUGAGUGCUUGGUUAGAAACCCAUGUACUCAGGUAUGCAUAAAUAGAAUUGGAACAUACAACUGCGAUUGUAAUGAAAACUAUCAACUGGGUAGUGAUGGCUAUUCUUGCUUCAGAAUCGACAUGGAAAUCGUAAACUCUUGUGUUGACAGGAAUGGAGGUUGUGAACAGAAGUGUCAACAUGGUCCCGGUGGACCUAUAUGUUCAUGUUAUGCUGGCUUUGAGUUAGGAUCUGAUUCAAAAUCAUGCAAAGACAUUAACGAAUGUGAAGAUGAGACUGAUCUCUGUGAGCAAGACUGCAGCAACUCUCCUGGAGGAUAUUCCUGUUCCUGUAGGCUGGGUUAUACCCUUAGUAGGGAUGGUUACAAGUGUAAUGAUAUCAAUGAAUGCUUGAGAGAAAAUGGUGGAUGUCAGCAAAAGUGCGAAAAUACAUUAGGAACUUUCCGAUGUUAUUGUGGUGAUGGAUAUAAGUUACAGACUGAUGGUCAAACUUGUGAGGUUGUUGUUGAAUUUGAUGCAAGAAAUGGGUAUAGUGGACCUCAUCGUGGAGACCUUCCUUUUCCGAGUGCUGCACUAUCUUCAAGGCUUCGUUUUCAAUCUAUACCUCCUACUGUAAUUCCAAUUGUGGACGAUACUCGCUAUCAACAACUUGCUCUGGAAGCACUCCCUCUAAGAGAAGCCUGUGAUAAAGGAAAAUUUGGUCCAUAUUGUACUUUUACGUGUGAUGACUGCCUUAGUAGAGGAAGAUGUAAUGCUAAGAAAAAUGGCUGUGAUUGUUUACCUGGAUAUAAAGGAUUGUUAUGUAAUGAAAGCUGCUCCGAGGGCACUUAUGGAGAAGGCUGUAACCAAAUCUGUAAAUGCCUGAAUGGUGGAUCUUGUGACGUUGAGACUGGGGAGUGUGUAUGUCCUCCUGGUGUUGAGGGCAAAAACUGUGAAGAUGGCUGUCCUGCAGGGAUCUUUGGUGAAAAGUGUGAUAAACCAUGUCCUCAGAUCUGUUCAAGUGGGCAUUGUAAUCGUCUCUUUGGAUUCUGUGAAUGUAAUCCUGGCCGGUUUGGACCACGUUGUAACCUUAUUUGUCCUGAGAACACUUUCGGGCCAAAUUGUCGAGGACAUUGUAACUGUGUCAGGAAGCACACACAAAAGUGUAAUUUCAAGACAGGAAAGUGUGAAUGUAAGCCAGGUUUUAUGGGUAAGAAGUGUGAACAUUCAUGUCCUGAAGGAAGAUGGGGAACUGGAUGUAAUGAAUUGUGUCAUUGUUCUGCUGAAUUCACUUGUGAUCCAAGUUCGGGUGCAUGUCUUCAAGACUGUCCAGCAGGCUUAACAGGCCCCGAGUGUGAAACUCCAUGUCCCGAGGGGAAAUACGGUCCCAACUGUAUGAGGAUGUGCUCUUGUGGAAUGAGAGAGUGUGACCCUGUAACAGGGACGUGUCUCUGUGAACCAGGGAAGAUGGGACCUGAUUGUUUAACAGACUGUCCUAAGAACAAGUAUGGUCCAAGUUGCUUGAAAAAAUGUUCUUGCAAGAAUCAAGCUGAAUGUGAUUCACUUACCGGAAAAUGCAAUUGUCUUCCCGGUUUCUAUGGGAAGUCAUGUGAAAACACAUGUAGACCGGGGACACAUGGUCCAAACUGCAAAUAUCUCUGCCAAUGUAAACACGGUGGAGAUUGUGAUCGGGUGUCUGGUGACUGCCAGUGCUCUCCAGGCUGGCAAGGGCCAUCUUGUGAGAAGCCAUGUCCACCAGGAAAGUAUGGCAGCGGUUGCCGACUUGACUGUUCCUGUGAGAACGGUGCAACUUGUGAUCACAUCAGUGGAGCUUGUACCUGUGCUCCUGGGUGGCGAGGAACAUUCUGUGAUCGACCCUGUCCUGAUGACUUCUAUGGUCAAGACUGCCAACAUAAGUGUAGUUGUGGGGUAGAAGCUCGAUGUGAUCAUGUGACUGGUACUUGCAUUUGUCCAGAAAAUGCUGGUCCAUCAUGUGUUGGAGGCUGUCCUCCUGGUCAUUGGGGUAAGGAUUGUAAAGCUAAAUGUCACUGUAUGAAUGGAGCAUCCUGUGAUCCAAAGUCAGGAAAAUGUCACUGUCCCGGAGGUUAUUAUGGUAAACUCUGUGACAAAUUAUGUCCAAAAGGGUUCUAUGGUACAAACUGUGAGAAGCUUUGUGGGUGUCAGAAUGGAGCAAAAUGUCAUCCAGUGACUGGUCAUUGUCACUGUAAACCAGGUUAUAAGGGAGGAUAUUGUGAAAAAGUUUGUCCUUUUGGGUUUUAUGGGAAACACUGCAUGCAGGAAUGUAAAUGUAAGGAUGGCCAACCUUGUCAUUAUAUUACAGGAGACUGUAGUUGUCCUCCUGGUGAAUCAGGACAACAAUGUGAAAUUG